GAUAUAGCUAUAGACCCAUAGUAUUGAAAGACCAAAGAUGGAGAGGCGAAAAUAAAGAUAGUACUAGAAACAUGCAUUAUUGCACAUCAACAUUGUCUACCUCCAGUGGAUAAAGAAUCAAAAUAGAAAUGAUAGAUUUAUAGACUUAUGAUACAAUCCUUACUCCUACAAUCCAAUUCAUUAUCGGGUACAGCGACACUUACAUUUCUGACAUCGGCAUCUCUAACAUCUAUAUCUGUCGUCACCAAAAUGAACUUCACCUUUGUGUUAGUCAAACAACCAUAAAUAACACAGCCAUAGACAACAAGUUCAAUAUUCCAAUAAUUACAAAUCACAGCAACGUUGAGAAUUUCAAAUCAAAUGUAAAAAAAAAAAAAAUGGAGUGUAAAAUUAACUUCUUACACUUCAUAAUUUUCAGCAGGUUUCAUUCAAUGUCGGCUCAGAUUUUUUUAGAUUAUUCACUAUAAAUAUAUAAAAUUAAAUAUAAUCAAACAUCAGAUAUUCAAAAUCUGUAAUUCGAAAUUAGCAUAAACGAAAUUUGAAUUAAAAAUUAUAUUUUAACAUUUUUCUCCCUAUAUGUACCUGAUCCAGAUACUAACUUAGAUUAAAAGAUUAGUGAUAAUACCUCGCUCGUCGACGACAUCGAGGGAGCGAUGGACGAUAUGGUGGAGUUUGAGAGCAUCAUCGGCGUCGGAGAAGCUCUGUAUGUAAAGAGGAUUGUUCUGCUCGUUCCAUCAUGAUGGAUGAAAAACAGAUCAUCAGGUAAAAGAAAAGAAGAUUUCGUAUCAAGAUGUGAUGCGUGAAAGAAAAACGGUUGGAAGAGUAGGGAGUACCUGAUGGCCGACGACGGUGACACACACGAUCAUUUUCUCUGGAUUUCACUAAGCUCUGCCUCGAUGCUCUGUUCUCUCUAACUGUUGGAAGUGAAGUCUCAGUUUUUUGCGCUAAUUGAAUAAGAAGUUUUCGGGUGUUCUCGAAUGUAGUUAGAUAUGGAAACAAGUAAAAAAGAAUUGCAAAACCUCAAAUUAUUGUCAGGUUGAACAAAGGAUUUGUAAAUUAGAAGUAAAAUGCUUGAUUGUUUGAAACUUGCUUUGUAAACAAACCAAGACUUCCAGUAACUUGUCAGGAGUAAUACAAGUGAAGUUGCUGAUGACUCAGAUUCAGAUGGAAGCAUGACUGAUGAUGAAGAUGACGAAGAUGAUGAUGAUGAAAAGGAUGGUGAAGAUGAAAGCAGUGAUGGUGUUAGCAAUAGCAAUUCUAAUGAGACUGAUCAAAUGCUUAUGUGGUGAUUUUCAAGGUGAUCAAAUACGAGUGCUCUGGAUGGAUGAAACUGAGCUAGUUCAAAGUAUCAAGAAUGGAACUGUUGUUGAUCGUGGUUUCUUACAUGGGGAUUAUGUUGCUGCCACUUCAGACUCAACUGGGCAACUGGGUGUUGUGGUGGAUUUCAAUAUCUCUGUUGACCUGUUAGCUCCUUAUGGAUCUGUUAUAAAAGAUGUCUCCAGGGUUUUGGUCCUUUUGGAUUCUUUUCUAUUUCUUGUUGUUAUAGAUAAUUAGAUAUGAUGCUGUAAGCCUGUAACACAACUUAUGUAAUUUAAGUUUCUGCUUCAUUUGAAGUCAUUAACCUGGUGAGUUAUUAGAAAUACCAUUGUGAGUCUGAGAGCUUUCACGAAGGAUUUUUACCAGAUAUGAUCGUUGGUAGGCUUGUGAUAAGAAGCUUGAACAAGAGCUAUGCCGCUGAAAAUCAUAGCACCGAUAACUCAGUGGUUCAACUCAGUGUUUGCAACCAGAAUGGCAGACUCUCGUAGGUACAAAAAGUACUCAGUUGGGCUUACAAAGCAUAUGCCUUUGUAAUCCAUAAAAUAAUAUAUAAAAAA